AUGGGCGGCACGUGGGCACAGAUGCUUCCCGGCACCGCCGAAUUCACCGAUAGUAACCUCGAUUCGCAGGCCGGCAAGGUCUUCAUCGUGACCGGUGGAAAUGCCGGAAUCGGUCUGGAGCUGGUGAAGAUGCUGUACGGAGCCGGCGCCACAGUCUACAUGGCCGGGCGCUCACCCAGCAAGAUCGCCACGGAGAUCGAGAACAUCACCGCCCAGCCAACCGAAACGCCCGGGGUGCUGAAGAGCCUGCAUGUCGAUCUGGGCGACCUAACCACCAUCGCACAGGCUGUCUCAACGUUCCUGCAGCAGGAGUCGCGGCUCGAUGUCCUCUGGAACAAUGCCGGUAUUGCCCAUGUCCCAGCGGGCAGCACCUCCGCUCAAGGCUACGAGGCGCACAUGGGAACCAACUGCCUGGGGCCGUAUCUAUUCACGAAGCUGCUGACGCCCAUUCUGGUCAAGACAGCGGAGAGCGCGUCGCCCGGCGCAGUGCGCGUGGUCUGGGCCACAUCGAGUAUCGUCGACAUGGCAGGCCCGCCUGGCGGUCUUCAGCUCGCCGAACAAGCUCCCGGCCAGCACAACCAGGACAAGGCCCACAACUAUAGCGCCUCCAAAGCGGGCAACUGGUUUCUGGCCUCGGAGCUGCAUAGGCGCACUGCGCGCGCCGGCAUCACAAGCGUGGCGGUCAACCCCGGUAAUCUCAGGACGAAGGGAUGGGACGGGGUCCCGUUCAUGGUGCGCACUUUGCUGUCACCUUUCCUGCACGGCCCAGAGAAGGGCGCAUACACGUACCUGUGGGCUGGGCUCAGCCCUGCUGUCAAGGUGGAAGAUGGCGGCCGGUUUGUGAUUCCCUGGGGCCGCUGGCACCCGGACCCCCGCGCAGACUGUCUAGAGAGCUUAAAGUCCAAGGAUGAGGGUGGCAGCGGCCUUGCUGCUGAGUUCUGGGAGUGGUGCGACGAGCACACUCGGCAGUAUGCGUGA